AUGCCCUCCUCUUUCCAGGGUAAAUGUGGUCAAAUCCUCUACUCAUUAGAGGCUAAGUUGACCAGGUCAAUGAGGUUUGACACCAAAGCCAAGACUGAUUUCACCUUUGUCUCAAAGGCAGACCGGUCUAUGAUCCCAUAUCUAAUGAAACCUCAGCAUGGGACCAAGGAUAAGGAUGUUAUGUUCUUUGCAUCUGGAAAAAUCUCUGUGAGCAUUCACACUGAGAGGCAGGGAUACCAGCAAGGAGAGGCUCUGAAAGUCAGGGCAAUUAUUGUCAACAACUCAACUCGCCCAGUGACCCCAAAAUACUACCUGUACGAAAAGCAGUGUUUCUACGCCCAGAAGAAGAGGAAAGUCCACACUCACAACAUCUUGAAAGAGAAGGGCGAUCGGGUCCCUGCUGGCACUCGGCAGACGGUGACCCAAGUUUUGACCAUCCCUCCACAACUCCCUGCCACCAUCUUCAACUGUCCUAUACUCAAAUUGGAGUACCGAUUGAAGGUCGUUCUUGAUGUUAAACUGGCCAUAGACCCUGAGAUCAAGCUACCUAUCAUUGUUCUUACUGCAACUCAAACUCUUGGACAGGAACCCCCACCUUACUCCAGUUUGGGUUUUGAGUCACAAGUCCCAACUGCGUCUGAGCUACCACCCCCCUACGAAAUGUUUGCUUCCUCGUCAAAUUUCUAUAGAAAAUUGUAGAGGCAUGGAGAUUCUCAAUUGGGCAAAAGUCUGUCCUCUCCUCAACUCCUCCGUCCUCCUCUCUUCCGUGACCCGGAGACCGAUAAGUGGUCGCCAUAUAUGGGAGAGGGUCAAUUAGUUAAUAAAGGAACAGAGGAGUUUGCUCCUCUCCUUGAUAGCCUCCUCUGGCCAAGGAUAUUGAGGUGUAUCCUACCAGAGUACUACAUGGAAGAGUUUUGAAAUGCGCCACACCCCCUUUGAAUCAGUUGUUGUGUUGUCAGAGGAGAAAAGCAUGUACCUUUAAAUACAAUAUGCUACCUAUCAUUUUAUCUAUAAAACACCCAUCUAGUACCGGGUCGGACCCCCCUUUGCCUUCAGAACAGCCUGAAUGGAUGCACCGUAUCAGCAACAAUGUUUAAAUACUCUGUCGCGUUGAACCGUUGCUCAUUUGGUAUCAAGGGCCCUAACGUGCCAGGAAAACAUUUCCAACAACAGUACACCACAGCCAUGGAUCCAUGGACUCAAGCUGGACUCAUGCUCCUUAAGCCAAAUCCUGAAUCUGCCAUCAGCAUGACGCAACAGGAACUGGGAUUCGUCGGACCAGGAAAUGUUUUUCCAGUCCUCAAUUGUCCAGUGUUGGUGAUCGUGUGCCCAGGCUUUUUGUUUUUAGUUGAUAGGAGUGGAAUCCGGUGUGGUUGUCUGCUGCAAUAGCCCAUCCGUGGCGAUCCGGCGAGUUGUGUGUGCCGAGAUGCCGUUCUGCACACCCUGUUGUGCUGCGCCGUUAUAUGCCUGUUUGUGGCCCAUCUGUUAGCUUGCAUGAUUCCUGCCAUUCUCCUUCGAUCUCUCUCAUCAACGAGCUGUUUUCACCCACAGGACUGCAGCUGACUGGAUGUUUUUUGUUUGUCGCACCAUUGUUGGUAAACCCUAGACACUGUCGUGUGGAAAAAGCCCAGGAGGGUGGCCAUUUCUUUGAUACUGGAUCCGGCACGCCUCGCACCGAUGUUGAUACCACGCUCAAAAUCGCUUACGUCACUCGUUUUGCCCAUUCUAAUGAUCGAAACAGUAACUGAAUGCCUCGAUGCCUGUCUGCCUGCUUUAUAUAGCAAGCCACAGUCCCGUAACCCACUGUCUAUAGGAGCGAUCUAUUUUUGUGAAUGGGGUGGUGUACUUAAUAAACUGGCCAGUGAGUGUAUGUAUUAAAAGUCUAAUUUCAUACCAGCGUAUUUGUUUUCAAGUUUCCUCUCCUUGCCUCCUCUGCCUCGAUUACCUUUGACCUUUUUCAAAAAGAAGGGAAGAGAGGAAAGAGGAGAUGACGUGAGGAAUUGAGCAAAUUCUAUUGAUAUUCUCCUGGAUAAAGGAAGAUGAAGGGUGAAGAAUUUCAGAAGAAUUAGAAUUGAUUGUAUUGUAUUGUCUAACCAUUUCCUCCUUCACUUUUAUUGGUAUUUUUUUGUAUGCAUUUUUGUGUGCAUGCAUGACUGUAAAUUGCUUUGGAUGACAGCUUCUGCUAAA